UAAAACCAAAGAAGAAUAGAAGCUGUUUGCAAGCAUGGCAGGUACGGAUACAGAAAAGAAACCUGUUUUACAAAUGGUCCAGGCUGAUGGCACUGACGAGGGCUGCGUGACCUUUGUCCUGCACGAGGAGGAUCACACUUUGGGCAACUCUCUGAGAUACGUGCUCAUGAAGAAUCCUGAUGUGGAGUUCUGCGGCUACAGCAUUACGCACCCCUCCGAGAGCAAGAUCAACUUCCGCAUACAGACGCGAGGUGGACUUCCAGCAACCGAACCUCUUCGCAAGGGCCUGAAUGACCUCACAGACAUCUGUAAACAUGUGCUGCACACUUUUGAGGCACAGGUCAAGGAGUUCAAGGAGAAGCAGGGAGAAGCCAUGGAAUAAUAUCAGACCUCUAAGGAACUUGAAGGCUGUCACAUGGCAUGAGUCAGCACCUCAUGGUGGGACAAAUUGGCAUGCUACAGCCUGCAGUUCUUAUUUAGAAGUCUCCUUGCAGAUGGACUUUCUGUACAGUAUAAUCUCUAUAAAGGUUUGUUUUAUACAUACAAUAUUUAAAUUGUUUCUUUUGUUUAAACAUAUAAUUUUUAAAAUGCACAUACUCAUUUAAAUUCUGGAGUGUUAUUUGUAUUUGCAGUUGGUUUAAAUUUGCCUUGGAUUACACAUCUUUACUACUUUGGUCAGACCAAUCCACUCCUCUUGUUUUCCAAGGAAUUCCUUCAGAAAGACUUUUCGAUUUGGACCCAAGCCACUGGUCCUAUUUGUCUUUGUUGUACUCCUGUUGAAUGUGGCAGGACAUGUGGCCACUUUGACAACUCUUGAUGAGCAGGCCAAAGUAAAGAGGAGAAUUGGUCAAAGCUCUCAUCUGAGUAUAGCCUUGGGUCAAAUCUA